AUGUCACCAUACGACUUCUACUUCUCGACUCCUCGUCUCUACCUUUCCUACUGCGAUCCAUCAUCUGACGCACAUUGCGACUUCGUCCUUGAACUCCUUCACGGCGCACCAUCUCUUCGUCGCCAUCCUGGUAUAGUUGAGGAAGUACCAGAUCGCGACGCAGCGCGGAGAAUCAUAGCUAACGGAGAUGAGAAACUCCGGACGACGGGAUAUGGACGGUACCUUGUCAGUUUGAAACCGAACUCAGCGGAAGAGGAUGAGGAGACUGGUGUUCCAUUUUCCCAAAGGAAAUUAGAACACAUCGGCUAUGUAACUAUGCAACUAGCCCGUGUCCAAGGCGAACAAGCACCUACCAUGCCGGAUUUGGGCUUCAACAUGAUUGAGCGUUACCAUGGGAAAGGGUACGCAACGGAAGCUGCGCAGGGCUUGAUCAAAUACUUUGGCGAUGAGAAGGGUGUGAAAGAAAUCGCAGGGUUGACCGACCCUGACAACAAAGAGGCGCAGAAGCUGUUUCGAAGAGUGGGAUUCAAGAACCAUGGAGUCAGGAGAGUAAAGGGUGUACGGUGGUCGGGUGAAGCGCUUGAUGUGGAUGUUUGGACUUGGGGAUUGGAAGAUGGUAAGAAGUUGGAGGACUUCGGUUUCUAG